AUGAGCUCCAUACCACAGGUGCUCCACCGCACUGCUAACCCGGUCGCCGUCACCGAGUUUGUCGAUGCUGUGCAGGCGAUAUGCCGUCCCAGAUUCCCCGGCGCCCGUGGCCGCCAGGCACGUCCAGUUGGUCUGGCCAUCAGCGGAGGGGUCGACUCCAUGGCCCUGGCGUAUCUCUGUUCACAAGUCCACAGACAACGCCUGGGGAUAAGGGUUGCUGACAACCCCGUCGGUGCUUACCACUGCAUGGUGGUUGACCAUCGCAUGCGCGAGGGGAGCGGCCUGGAGGCAGAGGCUGUCCGGGCAAGUCUGACGAGCCUGGGCCUCAGGGCCCAUCUCAUGAGCAUCGGCUGGAAAUACGUCCUGGAAGACUCGGGGUAUUCACACCCCAAGGAGCUGCCCAACUUCGAGACUGUCGCCCGCCGCCUUCGAUUUCGCAAGAUGGCCGUCAUGUGUGCCAAGGCUAAAAUGGCGUCUCUCUUCUUCGCACAUCAUCAGGACGACCAGUACGAGACCGUGCUCAUGAGGCUGAUGUCCGGCCACAGCGCCGCUGGUCUGCUGGGCAUGCGGUCCGCCACCGACAUCCCUGAGAGCUACGACAUCCACGGCGCCUACCAGAGCGGCUUGGUCGACGACCAGGCGUCCAAGAUGCCGAUGAUCAACUACCGUCCUAUGAGAAACCAAUUGAGCUCUAUCAAGGACCAGGUGAUGGCUGACCUAGACCCAGGACUCGUGGCUAGGGAGCUGACGGAGGGCACGCCUGCCAGCGCCUACCUCUACGAUGAGUUUGAUGCAUGCGUGCCGAGGACUAAGAUGAUGUUUCCGGUAGCGCCUCCAAAAGUAGAGGAUGGCGGUGUCAUGGUGUACCGGCCCUUGCUCGAGUUCAGCAAGGACAGACUGAUUGCAACCUGCGAGGCUAACGGUGUGCCUUGGUUCGAGGACGCCACAAACCAGGACGCGACUCUGACGAUGAGGAAUGCCGUGAGACACCUCUACAGAUAUCAUACCUUGCCAACGGCGCUGCAAAAGCCGGCUAUCCUAAACAUGUCCCGCCGUCUGCGGAGACAGGCAGAGCUUGACGAAGCCGAAGUGGGCCGGCUCCUGGGCCGGACCAUGGUUCGCGACUUCGAGUCCACGACGGGCACUGUAAUUGUGCAGCUGCCGUCAUUCCGGAUUCCUCGUGCCCGACGAGGGCUUAACAGAGAAGCUCGGCGCGCAAGGCGCUUAGAACACUACCGCUACAUCGCCGCCCUGCUGCUGAAACGCCUCAUUGCCAUGAUAACGCCUGAGCAGCCGGGCCCCUUUGCGACCAACCUCCAGAAUCAGGUCCUUCGCCUCUUUCCCUCGCUCAACGACGACCCAUCCAGCUACCCGGUGCACCCCAAAGCCUUCAACGUCUCCAGUGUGCAUUUCCUCCCAGUGCACACUUCAACCCGCCCGGGAGCACCAAUGAACUGGUACCUCACCCGCGAGCCCUACGUUUCCGGCCGCCCGCCCCCCAGCUGUGCUUUCGGAAGGCUGAGCAUCAGCGCACGCUGGCGCCGGCGGCCGGAGUUAUGGCGCUGGCCGGCGUGGAAACCGUGGCAGCUAUGGGAUGGACGCUUCUGGGUGCGCAUGCGCAACCGGUCCAAUGUGCAUGCAGCGUUUGCCCCGUUCGAGGCCAGGCACGCAAAGGCGUUCCGCGACUCCCUGCCAGACGGCCAGACGCGCGACAAGCUGGUGGCACUGCUCAAACACCACGCACCGGGCAAAGUCAGGUACACACUACCUGCUAUCUACACGGGUGGUGACCACGAGCGAUCACUGCGAGAGCCCGAGCGGCGCCGGGAUGCGGAGAAGACGGGCCUGUUGGAAGAGCCUGACGCGAAGAGGCAAUGGAAGGAGAUAGGACGCGAGGCCCAGGUUCAAGAGUACCACAGGAUCAGGGAAUGGGAGAGGGAGGCGGGCAUAUGGGACGUCAGCACCGCCAUAGCGGGUACCAAGGAGGAAAGGAGGGUCCUGGUUGCGCUGCCGACACUGGGAAUAUCGAAGCCAGGGCUGAGCAACUGGAUCAGCGGCGUGUUGGUUGUCUUCCUGCUCAGCAGAACCGACAUCGUCCCUCUUCGACUCUGGGGAGACAACUCGCCAAUCCUCUCUUCCGCCGAAUUGCCAGAAGAGGGCCCGUCGCCGAACAUGGCAAGUGUCGACCUGGGCUGGUAUCCGCCGUCGCAGACGGUGGUCAACAACCUCACCAACGUUGUGAGCGACCGCACCUCGGGCGUCUAUGGCUAUAUAUAUGACUCGUCGCAAACCCCCGACGAGGACUAUGGCACUUACAACUGGUGUAACAUGCCACAUGUCAGGGCCUCGGAGUACAAGGUGCCAUCCGAAGAGUACGAGCUUGUAUACGUCGAACUGAUCCACCGCCACCACAAGCGCACGCCCUACGCAGCCAACUCGUUCCCGGUCGAGUCCUACACGUGGAACUGCGACGACGAAGGGCUGUACUUCUUCGCGCGGCCCUUCUCGGACCCCUCGUCGCCGGACCCCACCGCGGGCAGGAACGCCUCGGCGCUGGCCUACUGGGACGGCUUCAGCGGCUUCAACCCCUUCGGCGCCGUCGCCCAGGGCUUCAAGGGGUCGUGCCAGUUCCCCCAGAUCACCGCCCAGGGCCUGGACGACUCGUGGCAGCACGGCGCCGACCUGUACGGGGCCUACCACGGCCUCCUGGGCUUCCUGCCCGGCCGGGACGACGGCGAUACCUGGCGGCAGAAGGUCAAGUACCGCGUCACCAACAACGUCAUCACGAGCGAGGUCGCCGGCAUGGUCAUCAACGGCAUGUGGGGCACGACCGCCUCCGUGCCGCUGCUCAUCCAGCCGACCGGCGUCGACUCCCUCGAGCCGUCGUACACGUGCGCCUCGUCCGCGGCCCAGUUCAGCGCCAUCGCGUCCACCGCGAACGCGGAGUGGGCGGCGCACUUUGACGCGACGACGGGGCUGUACGCGACGCUCGACGGCAUCUCGGGCGUCAGCCCCGCCGACCCGGGCUUCCACAAGAGCUUCGACCAUUACUACGACAACCUCUCGGCGCGGCAGUGCCACGGCAAGCCGCUGCCGUGCAAGCUCGUCAACAUCACAGCGCCCGGCGGCAGCACGGCCCUGGCCAACGACACGGCCAGCUGCGUGACGCAGGCCGUGGCCGACGAGGUGUACCGCCUCGGGCACUGGGAGUACUCGCACACCUACCGGGGCGCGGGGCCCGACGCCCUCGCCGCCAGCGCGAGCUCCCUCGGCGUGUGGGUCGCGGAGCUGGCGGCGCACCUGCGGGACGUGGUCGGCGGGACCGGGGACGGGACGGUCUGGUUCCACAACGUCGCGCAUGACGGGUCCGUCAGCCGGCUGCUGGGGAUCCUGCAGGCGGACGUGAUGGUCUGGCCCGGGAUGGGGAGCGAGGUUGUGUUUGAGCUGUGGAAGAAAGGGGGUGCACAUUAUGUCCGUGUGCUCUUUGGGGGCCGGGUGCUGACGUCGUCGAAUCCGAGUUUGGGGGCAUUGGAUAUGAUCCCUGUGGAGACGUUGUUGGCGUACUUUGACGGGCUUACUGGCGUCAAGGCGGGCUUGAUCGUCGAUAAGUGCAAGGGCUCCCCAUAG